AUGCCAAUGUCAACACGGCGCCAAGCACAGCGUGCCGAACGCGACAACACCACAGUCGUUGAAGUUGCCGACCUCGACCAGAGCAGCGAAGGGCUUCCAUCUGGCGUGGCCCACGAUGUCGCCGAGUCCGAGGAGAUAGAAGUCGAGGGCGACGAGGAGGAAGUGCAAGUCGAAGUAGACGAGACUCCCUUCCCGCCACCAGGUCUGAAGGAGAUAUCAUCAUUGGCCUCAUGGACAGUCAGCACUGCGAAACCUGGCAACGGAGUGGCGGCGCUGAGAUCGCCGGACACGAACCAUUUCUGGCAGUCGGAUGGUCCGCAGCCACAUCUCCUCAGCAUUCACUUCUUCAAGCUCGUAUCCAUCGUACAUAUCAGGAUCUAUCUGGACUUUGCCGCGGACGAAUCAUACACCCCAACGAAGAUUCAAUUUCUGGCCGGCAUGGGAAUCCACGACAUCCAAGAAUUCGCCGAAAUGUCCUUCGAACAACCCACCGGCUGGAUCGACGUCGACUUCUCCAACGUCGGCCCCAUCGAAGAAGAAGAAGGAGAACCCGAUACCCCCAGAGAAAUCGACUGGUCCAAACGCCCCGUCCUCCGCGCCUUUCUAGUCCAAGUCCGGAUCCUUGAGAACCACCAAAACGGCAAAGACACCCAUCUGCGCGCCGUGCAACUUUUCGCCCGGGAUGAAACGCAGCAGACGCGGCCCCCGGUGCCGCUCGCGGAGACGAAUAGUAACGCGGGUCAGAACCUCCGGAAGCGUCUGCCGAGCUUGCAUUCGAAACAUGCCUUUCGUAGGAUGCAGAAGGAGGCGAAUAAUAUCAAGCUUGCUUCCUGGAUGAUGGAUCCCGAUAUGAGGUGA